UUUCCCGGAAGCGUGAUGCGCGGGCGGGCGGGUCGCGGGGCGGCGCCGGGCCGUUGUUCGCCAUACUUUACACAGGGAGGAGCGCAGAGCUGCGACCGCACUCACUGCAAAAAAGGCACCUGAAACCACCGCCGCAUUACAAAAUAAAGACAUGGCCGAGGAUGAGGUGACUCCGGAGCAGCUAGCAGCCAUCGCCGCCGAGAACGAGGAGCCGGAGCCGGUGAACUACAAGGCGCCGGCCCAGAAGUCUGUGAAGGAGAUACACGAGCUGGACAAGGACGACGAGAGCCUACGCAAGUACAAGGAGGUUCUGCUCGGCUCUGGGGUCACUGAGGCCGAUCCAACUGUCCCUAAUGUCCAGGUGACCCGGAUGUCUCUGGUCUGUGAAAGCGCCCCCAGUCUCCUGGUCCUGGACCUGCAAGGAGACCUGGAAGCCUUUAAGAAACAGGCCUUCGUCCUGAAGGAGGGAGUAGAAUAUAAAAUAAAGAUCAGCUUUAAGGUGAACAGGGAGAUCGUCUCGGGCCUGAAGUACGUGCAGCAGACGUUCAGGAAAGGAAUGAAGAUCGACAAAACAGACUACAUGGUGGGGAGCUACGGGCCCCGUCCCUCGGAGUACGACUUCCUGACCACGAUGGAGGAGGCUCCUAAAGGGAUGUUGGCGCGCGGCAACUACGUCAUCAAGUCCAAGUUCACCGACGACGACAAGCACGACCACCUGUCCUGGGAGUGGAACCUCAACAUCAAGAAAGACUGGAAAGACUAAAAGAGGCCUUUGUGUUCGGAGUGAAGGGGGAGGGGGGGGGCGUGGCUCAGAGGGGGGGGCGUGGCUCAGAGCGGGGGGGUGGUGGUGGUGGUGGUGGCCCCUUCCUCCCCCCUCUCCCCUCAUUGUCCCUCCCCGUGUCCACCAUUUCUGCCUUCUUUGUCUUUACUCGUUUGUGCAUUUCAUGCUCUCAUGCCUUAGUUGUCGCCUCGCUGUCUUAACCCCGCCCCCCCACCUUAACCCCGCCCCCUCCCUUAACCCCGCCCAUCUUACCUGUCAGCACCAGUAGCAGCAGCAGCAUCCUCCUCCUCCUCCUCCGUCCAUCCAUCCAUCACCUCCCUCGCCGACUUGAACGUUUCAUUUGUUGCACACAAGCCCCGCCCCCUUCCCCCUCCCCAAGCCCCGCCCCCCCCCAACGUAGCACCUUUUACUUCCCUCCUUUACUCAGUUCGAUCCCGGUCCUUUUCUGUCGCUGCUUGAAGAGAUUAACCCCCCCCCCCCUCCAGAACGGUGUCUUCCUCUCUCAGUAUGAAGUACAUGUGGAAAAGCAACUGUACAAUCAACGUUUCGUUUGCCUUUUUUUAUAUAUAUAUAUAUAUAAUUGUAUCAAUGGUCGUGUAUCGUGACUGUAUUCACAUCACUGUUAAUCAGCUGUUGUUCGUAGCCAGCCAGCCCCACCGCGUCCGCCCCCCCUCCUCUCCCUCCCAAACCCUCCCUCCCUCCAUCAUCUACUCUCUCUUUCAUCACAUCGUUCCUUUGCUUGUCUUUUUGAUAUGAAACAUGACGUUAUUACCAAAACCUGCCUUGUGGAAAUCUAAAAUUAAUUCGCCUCCCUUUCAAAAAGUAAACAAGGGAGUAAAACACACACUAAAAACUAAAAAAAAAAAAGCUGCCUUACGUAUCGACAAUUAGUCCACUGAUCAUGCCUUGUGUGUGUGUGUGUGUGUGUGUGGGGGGGGUGUAGUCUGCAUCCACCUGUUGUAGCGUUGGAGCUCGUCUCCACACAGGUGCACGCGCUCGCUGCUUCUCCACGUUCACGAUCCAGAUACGAAAAUUGGCACCUCUUCCUUUUUCCAUCGAGGCCUUAACACUACGAGCUACGAUCAUGUGGAGGGAAAACAAACACUUCUAAAAAAAUCAGCGUUUUGUUUUUUCUUUCUUUCUUCCUUUUUUUUUGUCGUUGUUCCCUUUUGCCUUAAUGUCCCAACAUUGCUUCCUUAACGUGUCGCCUGUGGUCAGAUGUGGGGGGGGUUUGGGGGGUGAGGGGGGUGAGGGGGGGGAGUCAGACACCGUCUGCUGCUGCCGGAGACCUCGACGGUGUCUGGUCUCACCCACGGACAAAGACGCUGGUAGUGGAACAAGGAAACUGACCGGGGCCCUUCAAGCCUUCUUCUCUUUAAUUUUAAUUUUUUUAGUUUCUUUUUUUAAUUGUUUUUUUUAAUUUCUAAUCCAGUGACCUGCUCCGACUACGAAGGGUCACACACGACACUACCAGAAAACAAAGAAACACAAGCUGUAUAUUUAAUGAAGACGGAGGGUUUUAAAAAAAACAGCAAAACUGACUAGAACCAUUAAAUUAAAAAUCGUACUGUACAAGAACAUAUGGAUGUAAAACUCUUGAGUUUCUCCUGAUGAGAAUCGUUAUGUCGUCCUGCUCCAUACAUUCCUUCACAUUGUACAGUUUCUAUGAAAACGCUGGCGUGCUGGUGGGGUUGUGUGUUCUGUCAUCAUCUGUGGUUGCUCUUCUCGGUCAAUAAAGAUUUUGCUCAACUUGGCCUCGAA